AUGAAUGCGGAACAUGUGAAAGAAAAGAAAAAGAAUAGGGAAAUGAACUGGUUAAUUCAGAGGCCUAUUUUGCCUCUGACAGCGGUGAUCAUUAUUUUUCUACAAAACGUACAGAUAACAAAUGCCAACACUGAUUCUUGUUCUGCAUCUAAAAGCACUGUACAGAGUGUUGAAAACUGUCCAACCAGCAAGAAAGAAUGGAUUGAAGCUUCUCAAAGAAAAAACUGCUCAGCAUUUGCCAGCCAGUGUAGUGAUCCUGGAAACUUUGUGUACCAUUGUGUGAUAAGUUCAUCUCUAAAUGGAACAUUGGAAGUUUGUGCAUAUAAAAAGAUUAUUGUAUUUGGAUACUGUACAGAAUAUAGCUACAGUGCAAACAGAAUUCAGCCAAGAUUGGGUGCAGCUUGUACCAACUUCAUCGAAAACCCAUGUCCAACUGGAUAUCCCUCCAAUGAGACAUACAAAUACCCUGGUUGUUAUAACCUCACAAAGAAAUCAACAACAGAAAAACCAACAACAAUGAUUCCUUUUCCCUCUGACACAACAGUAUUAACAACAACAGUGUCUGUACUUAAAGGGUCAGGAGGACAUUCCGAAGAUAAAGGAUACAUUGUUUCUAUCAUAAUAGGAGUAGUUGCAGUCCUUGUGGCAAUAGUCCUUGCUAUUUUGGUGUACAGACGACGUAGACGAAAAAGAGAAGGUCAACAACAACUUGCACUUGAUAAUAAAAGUUUUGAUGAGGAAAGCAAUCAGAGAAAAGCUACUGAAGAAGGAACUUCUGAAGAGAGAAGAAAUUUAGUACCAUCUGGAAAACCUGCACAUGCUGGAAAAGAAAAUAUAAUUGAAAGAGUUGAAGAUGAGGAGGCAGUCAUUUUGAUAAAGCCAGAAAAAGAAGAGGAAAAUGACUGUGAAACACUGGUAAAUCUGCUUAGUGAUGGGCUAGAAAGGUUGGGAAUUCUUCAGUCUGAAUGCAGCAGUGAAGACAACAGUGAACAUAAUAAAAAGUUGACAAUGAUCGCAAGUAAAAUAUAUGAAGACUCAACAAGCUUUUCGAAUGAAACCUCUUCAACAAUUCAUGAACACAUAAUAGAGCUGGAGUCCCUUGAGAGGUAUUUUCAAAGACCAAAGGUGAAAGAAAAUGUGUAUUUACCACCAGAAUGAAACCUUUUUAUCCCCCCAAAAUUGUUGGGGCAUAUAGUGUUAUCCCUUUGAGUUUGUCUUUUCAUCAUUCUGUCAUCUUGUCAUUCUACCUUCGUAAUUUUUUUUUUGACAUGUUUUUAAAUAAUUAGCUGAUUUUUGGAUUGUCUCUGUACUUUGAUGACAUACAGAUGAAGAUUAAGGACAAAUGAUACAAACAAACAUUUUAUCAAAAGUUUUA